AUGGCAGUGCCAACACUGCUCUAUGACUCGGAAACAUGGACCAUGAACUCCCAGACAACAAACAGAAUUCAGACGGCAGAGAUGCGAUUUCUCCGAGCGGUCAAACAUUGCACCAUCCUAGACAAAAUAAGAAGCGAAGAUAUACGGAAAGAAUUACAGAUCUACAGCCUUAACGGAAAAAUUACUGAUUAUCGUAUCAAAUGGAGAGACCACGUACGAAGAAUGCCGAGUGGAAGACUACCAAGGGCCGUCUACUACUAUCAACCCGAAGGCAAACGAGACUGCGAUCGACCUGUAAAGCGGUGGGCAGACCAGGAAGCCGGAACAGGCUGCAAGCCUAAUCCAUGA